CUGCCGGAGGAAAUUUCUCGUCUGACCAUGGCUAAAUCCUCCCAUUGGUAGAGACUGGUCUCUAGAAAGGACGCUGUGAUCCAAAGGAAAAAUCCAGGAGGUCUGUAAUUCCCAUACAGCAGCUCACCAAAGCUCCUGUAGCAAAAUUCCUACAGGCAUUUCGCGGGACAGCCCAGACGUCCCUGGAGUCAGCGAGGACCCUGCCAGCAGGUCUGGGGGCGGGACCUGAGUCAGUGUCUCCGGCCGCCGGGUCCCACCGCUUCCCUGCCGUCCACUUCAGUUUCCUGCUACCUUCCUGUCUUCAGCAUGCCUGGUCCGACUCCCAGUGGCACUAACGUGGGCUCCUCAGGGCGCUCUCCCAGCAAAGCAGUGGCCGCCCGGGCGGCGGGAUCCACGGUCCGGCAGAGGAAAAAUGCCAGCUGUGGAACGAGGAGUGCAGGCCGCACGACCUCAGCAGGCACUGGGGGGAUGUGGCGCUUCUACACAGAAGAUUCACCCGGGCUCAAAGUUGGCCCCGUUCCAGUAUUGGUUAUGAGUCUUCUGUUCAUCGCUUCUGUAUUUAUGUUGCACAUUUGGGGCAAGUACACUCGUUCAUAGAUUCGGCUACAUCCAUCUGUCUGUCAUCUGAAGAAGAAAGGAAAAAAACCCAACAUAUCUUGGACCAAAAGCAUAGUGAUUUUCUGUUCACGAGAAAGAAAUUUUCUGUAAGCUUACUGUUUUACAGGGAACUUAAUGAGAAUUGAUUUUAAGGAAUCAGUUUUUUUUCUAUGGCUAAUAAACUUUUUAAUUCAUUA